AUGUUCAAGUCAUGGGAUUUAAUUUUGCGGUUGGCGUUUCUGUUGGUGAUCAUUUUGAUGGCCUGUUUCAUUUGUCUUCUUCUUUUGGCAAUCUUAGAGGAUCUGGACAGAAUCAGGAAAAGUUUGAAGAAAAAUGCAGAGAUUCUACAAGAAAUCGUCGUCAACACUAAUUCCGAUUCGGGCAGAAAUGAACGGAGACCUAGACGAGAAAUCGAGGAUUGCUUGCAAGGAAACGCUGAGAAUCUCGAGUUGAAUCGUACUCCUCCGCCCACUUAUCAAGAGACUUACAGAGAAACAGAAGCACCA